ACAUCACGAGGCCUAGAGCUAGAAGCAGGAAAGCAUGCGGGCGCAUGUGACGGAGGCAAAAGCGGGCAGAUGGGCUGGAAGGAUUAUCCGAUGGCGGAAGGAGAAAGGAGGAUGGAGGCUCGAGGGGCAAGUUGCGGGCGCUCGGAGUUGCUCGCCGUCGGGGUUGCGGUUCACAUGUAAGGGAUGUGGCCGGGGCGCCGGAGGUGGUUUCACAACAUCCACUGGGAAGCGGAACAAGUCAAAAUGCGAUCCGGGCCAGGGGCAAACGACAUCUGUUCAUUUGGUUGCCGGUUGUGUUCCGUAUGGACAGCACAGCCGACAUGAGGUUUGACGAAUUCCCACAAAUCCGGAAACUGAAGCGGGAUGACGGUGGAGAGGAUUCGGCCCAGAGCUCGCACAUCGAAUUAAACAUGUCGUCGUCGGAGUCGGAGGAGGAGUCGAGGAGGGAGGGAGGGAGGAUGGGGAGGGGAGGCGAGGUGAGGUGGGAAACCACGUCCUAGGUUUUUUUCUAGGCAGCGCGCAGGGCCGGAAAUUGCAUUGACGAUUGGUCGAGUGGGGGAAUGAUCGAUUUCGGGGCCUGCCAGAUGAUGACUCCCGCAAGAUCUCAUCCCCUGGAGCAUGGGGGACCCACUGGCGAUGUGAGAGCUGGAGAAGGCUCCGAGAGUUCCUUCAAAGGACGCUGUGAUCACGAAGGGAACUUUUCCUCGUCCGCUCGCUCGGAGUUCAGGCUGGCUCGGUGCGAAGCCAAGGCCGGAUGGGACCUGCCGAGGAGCUCACGACUGCGCCCCUGGAAGGCUGGCUAAACACGAGCUGAUUCUGUCGAGAAGUGGCUACUUUCUUGAUCUGAGAUUGAAUGGCUUCGACCGUGUUGCUUGGAGCUGUCAGGUGUUGAGAUCGAGCGAUGGGGUUGCUUCAUAGAUGGACGAUGAUGCUUGAACCAGAAGGAUCGAUGCUAUUCCAGCCCUCGGGAGGCUCGUGCCCCAUGUACCUGGAUCAAUUUCACCGUCGUAGAACAGCGAGGAAAUGCCGAUGUUUAGAUACGAUAUAGUUUAGGAGUUUCCAUAUUUCUUAGACCGGUCUAUCUUGCAGCGCUAGAGCAGUCCGUGCCACAAGAAGAAGCUCCGAGCGCGGACCGCAGUAGGGACCAUGAGAAGAGGAGACACGGACUCGCGAGGCGAAGCCAGGUCGGGACGAUUACGCGAAGAAAUUUGAGCGGGGGAGGCCGAGAAGGCGAGGGGCGGUCGGGAAGAGGGCCAUGGCGCAGGGAAGUUCCAGCGUGGGCAGGGAGCAAAUAGGAGCAGGAACAGGAGCAGAAGGAGUGUGUCACGAUAUUUUCCAUGUGGAGGGGACGGUCGGCAACAUCCUGUCGUGGCUGCCUCCCGUGAGCUUGGCCAAGGCGCGCAGCGUGUGCUCGCUUUGGAAUCGGAUAAUCAUAACGCAGAAGAGUAGGAACACUACGCUCUGUUGCAUCCUUUCCUGCCCGCUGAAGAAGAUGAAACAGCUGACUCCCGGCGGGAGCUGGCAGUGGGAGCGAGACAUCAUUCACGACGGGCGAGCGUAUGAUCACUCCACCGAUUCGUGGAUGACAAUUCCUCUUCCCAAGUCAGCGUUCAAUUCGUGCAUGAGCCUUUUUCCCAAGGCAGCCAACGUCGGGCUGGUCGCAUUGCGCGACCGGGUGCCCUUCCAACCUCUGGUGCAUUUCUGGGUCGGCAAUCCGAUGACCAACAGUUGGAGACAAAUCGCGGGUGCCUCUGAUCCCGAUCAGGGUCCGGGCUUCGACAACACGUAUGAGCUCAUCGUGCACGAAGAAUCCAAGUCGUACAAGAUUGUGCACUUUUUUUACUCCAAGACUCGUCCCGUUUUGAGAACCCAUAUCUACAAUUCUCGCACUGAGGAGUGGAGCCAAGGAGCGACCUUUCCCAGGCAGGGUCCCAUCUACAUUGGGUCAUCUGCGGUUCGCAAGGGGUCAAUCUACUUUCUUCAAGAGAGGGCAAUUCCGGAUUCCAUACCCUACCAGAUGAAGCUCUGUGUUGUACGCUACGACGUCGAAAGGGAUGAGUUCUCCGUGAUGGUGUCUUCGGGCCCUUACACCAUUUACCAAAUUAUGCCAUUCAGACUGAUCUUCAAUCCCAGUGACGAUAGCGAAGAACAAAUUCCCAGCAUUGUGGCCCAAAUAUACGAUUCUGACCAGAACGAAGUGCGGAAAGUCGGGUUGUUGAGAUUCAAGGCUGCCCACCAACGUUGGGUUUGGGACGAGAAUUGGGAGGUCGAUGCAAUAGAGUGGUUCCCCAACAGAUAUAGCGGAAGCAAUUUCAGCAUGACGGGAGAAGCCAGAUACCUGUACACCAUAUGCAGACAGAGCUACAAUAAGGUCACGUUUAUCAACGCUGAAACGUUGGAAUGCCGCCUCCUUCCCGAUCCUUGUGAUACUAAGCGUUUUGAUGUGCAUGAACUGAAAGGAUCCUGGCACAGCGCUACGAUGUGUAGCUUCAUUCCCCGCUUCGACAUGAAGCCCUAGUUGUUAUUGUGAGUAGGAGAUUAAGGCUGAACGUAGAUAAAAUUUAUUGAGUUGCCGGAGGAUGCCGAUCAGCCAGGCGUCGUUCUAUUUGGGCAUGUAGCCAUGGCUGGUGUGAGCAGGAGACGCAGACAGAGCGCAUGAUUUGUGCUGAGAUCCAGAGGAUGCUACCCAGCUGGGGCCAUGUUCUAUUUUCACAUCAGUCCCUGGCUAGAUCUUGUCACUAGGAGAUGCAGAUUGAGCGCGGAUGAUAUUUGCUGAGUCGCUGGAGGAUGCCGAGUUCGCCAGGACGAUGUAUUGCUCUAUGCACCGUGAGAUGGCAGCGAACACUGAUGAAAGUGACCUGCUCGACUUCAGAGUUGGUAACACGACCCACUUGUACCAUCUUCUGCUGAAGCAUUUACGUUGUGUUAAGGCCAGGUAUGGCUUGAUAACCAUGAGUGGAUCAUUCCUCGUGUGAUACAUUUCUUACAUUGUCUCCACCAUCUCUGACGAUGUCAUGUACAUAUCGUUUUCUUGCAAAAUGUCAACAGAAGAAAGUAAACUGCUUCUUCAAAUGCUCGGGAACGCUUAACCCCUGUGAGUGGUUUUGUCAAGCAUUGUCUAAUGUUCCAGCCUGUUGAGGCUUGGAAGCAAAACUCUGUUCUAGUCCUUCAAGAAACUGCUUCUGACAUUAGGGCACAUUAUGAGAGUGAGUACAGAUAAGAAUAUUCAUUUCUGUUUGAAAACAGAGAUGAGAUCUCUUAUAACACAAACGAACUAAGACUGCUGUGAACUUGAACUAGUAACGUAGGAAGUGACUCAAAGUAAGAAUUGAAUGGAAUCGUCUGAAGUCAGUUUAGACUUUAUGCCAGAUCUUUAUGCUACGUAUUGUUCAGGUCUCUUUCAAUUACGCAGAUUUUUUUGGUUUUUCAGCGAGAUGACCCGUGAAGGCAUUCAGAGUUCUACUGUGGCAAGUUUCCUUUCCUGACGUUAUGUACCAUAGGUUUAAACUUCACUGUGCGGCUGUUUCGGUCUUGUUGACCUUGCGAACACAUGCUUCUCUCCAGUUUACCUUUUAGCUCUCGCAACUACUUCUUGGUAACUGAGAGCAACGAAACUUUGAGGCGAUUGUUGACUGCUAAUUCUAGCUCUUCAAUCAGAGUUUCAGCAAUCAAAUCAUGCAGUGCACUGUUAGGCUGCAAGGGAUGCGAGGGACUCGUGAACUUCCAUAUGCUUAUCAAAGUUGGGGCCCUUGUUGUUGAUAGCUAGCUGAACUCCCAGGACCCUAAAAGCUUUGUACCUUCAAGGAGGCCCGGACAGUGCGGAAUAUUUAGCAGAAUCCAGGUAGCUUGAAGCUUGGAAGGUUAAAACAUCUAGGUAUACCUCUGAUAAUAUGGUAGAUCAUAUUUCAUUUUCUACAACUUCACAACACCAACGAGAUCGAACUCCCAUUUCCAGAAGAGCCUGGCUCUUUGAGAGAGCCUGAACGAAUAGGUCUUUCCACUGUAAGCCUGGGUUUAGAGAAAAGUUGUCUGGGCUUAGCAAUGAAUCUACACUGUCAAUCGCUAAAGUAUUCAAAAGUAGUCAAGAUCGGAAUACACGUUGUCCGAAUACUCUUAUACGAAGCCUGAAAGGUUCGAAAACUCAGGAGACAACUAGAGGACAGUCUAGUCCGAUUAUGGGCGAUGUAACUGAUUCACUGCUACACCGUAGUAGCUUCAUACCACACUGUGAGUAUAGCCGGAACCUUGCUUACUUCUUUGGACGGUGCUGUUGUACGUCUGAAAUACAGAAUUGACAUUUCAUCCUCAUGUGAAGAUGGUAUGAAGCUUGAGAGUAUACACGCAAAUUGCUUUAUUAGCGUAUGAAAUGACGUUCACAGAUUCUGGCAAGUCGUCUGAAGAAGUUCAAUCUCUUGGCUCCAAACCAUCUUUUUGCUACGCCAAGUGGAACACGAACGCGAGCUGUGCACAGUUUUGAGUAGGAACUGGUUCUUCUGAAAACUUUGAGCUCGUAAUGUUAUUGGAUCCAGUAGACUUAUAAAUCCAC